AACACCAUCAAGCACUAUUGUGAUUUUGUUACGGUAGGAGCAAUUCUAUGGGAGCGAAGCAUUUUUUCGUAGUGCGGAAGUGUGCUUAAGCAGAAAAAUACCUUAUACAGAUAAGCUUAGUUGACUGGGGAUUUACAUUUCCCAUAAUUUCGUGCUUUUACGUGUGCUCUUUGCAUGAGAAACAUGGCGGAAGAAUUAGAUGUGGAAGCUAUGUUGGAAGCCCCUUAUAAGAAAUCGGACGAGUACAAUGGCAGGACCAAGGAAAAUGGUGAAUCAGGGAAGCAUCGGAGUUCAGACAAACGCAGAAGCCGUAGUAAAACUCCUAAGCGAAGCAGGAGCCGAUCUAAAGAUCGGCGCAAGUCGGAUAAGGACAGGGAUGACAAACGAAGGAGUCGUAGUCGCGACCGUAAACGGUCGCGUGACCGUCGCAGGUCCAAAUCGAGAGAUAGACGGUCAAGAUCAAAAGGUAAAGAGCGCCGAAGAUCUAGAUCCAGAGGAAGAAGUCACUCGCGCGAUCGCAAAGAGAGGGAGAAAGUAAGGAGACGUAGCAGCAGGGACAGAAAAAGUCGAAGCAAAGACAGAACACGUAGCCGGGAUCGUAAAAGGUCUCCUCCAUCACCUGUUGCUAAACCGUUUGCAUCUCGAUCGAUUCGUUCACGUUCUCCUCUAGGCUUGCGAAGUCAAUCGCCGCUGGAAGAGCUUAGCCCCGAGGAGAGAGAUGCAAGAACAGUGUUCUGCAUGCAACUGUCCCAAAGAAUUAGGGCCCGUGAUCUGGAGGAAUUUUUCAGUUCAGUAGGGAAAGUAAGGGAUGUCCGAAUGAUAGUGUGCAAUAAAACAAGACGGUUUAAAGGCAUUGCUUAUAUUGAGUUUAAAGAUCCUGAAAGCGUGGCACUGGCACUCGGUCUCUCAGGUCAGAAGUUGUUGGGGGUGCCCAUUAUAGUUCAGCAUACUCAAGCGGAGAAGAACAGAAUGGGAAAUUCCAUGCCAAAUCUAAUGCCUAAAGGUAUGACUGGGCCUAUGAGGCUUUACGUUGGAUCUCUGCACUUCAAUAUCACUGAGGAUAUGCUUAGAGGAAUUUUUGAGCCAUUUGGGAAAAUUGAAAAUAUUCAAUUAAUUAUGGAUCCUGAAACUGGCCGGUCUAAAGGAUAUGGAUUCAUAACAUUCCGGAACUGUGACGACGCCAAAAAGGCACUGGAACAAUUAAACGGCUUUGAGUUGGCAGGGCGGCCAAUGAAAGUAGGAAACGUGACGGAACGGAUUGAUCUACAAAGUCAGGGCCCGUCGCUUUUAGAUUCUGACGAACUCGAUCGCUCUGGUAUCGACUUGGGAGCGACGGGACGGCUUCAGCUAAUGUUUAAAUUGGCUGAAGGAGCGGGCAUGCAAGUGCCCGCCGCCGCCGCCAAUGCUUUAAGCAUGGCAACGGGCCAACCGGUGGUGCCACAAGUUCAAACCAACACUACCCCUCCCAUCGCCACACAGUGUUUCAUGUUGAGCAACAUGUUUGAUCCCAGCUCGGAAAGCAACUCAAAUUGGGACGUGGAAGUGCGGGACGACGUAAUCGAAGAAUGCAAUAAACACGGGGGUGUGUUGCACGUUUACGUCGAUAAAGGAUCACCUCAAGGAAACGUAUACGUGAAAUGUCCAUCGAUUGCAACGGCAGUCGCGUCAGUGAAUUCCUUACACGGUCGGUGGUUCGCUGGGAGAGUGAUUACAGCCGCGUACGUACCAUUGCUAAAUUAUCACUCCCUGUUCCCUGAUGCUAUGACUACGACGCAGCUGCUACUACCAUCCACUAGAAAAUAAUUAUCAGUUUUUUUUUUUGGUUGUACAAAGUAUUUUUCACUUUUAUCUUGGAUGAUAUUGGAAUUGUGUAGACUUCAAGAUGAAACAUUUAGAUUUGUUAUGUUUUCCGUAUAUUGAUUAUCAAAUUGAUUAAUGAAUAAAUGAUAAUAAAUG